CACGAAGGUAGGGUGCACAACUAGUAAGUAGAUCCUUUCCCCUAUAUUACAAUAAGGUAUAAAAUAGCUCAUCUCCCGCACAAAUUUGUGUAACCCUGUCAUCGUUUGAAGUCGGUAAAAAGCAGAAGAAUUUUAGCAGAAUCAAAAUUUUUACACGCCAAACAACACCUCCCCAACGUAACCAAAAAAUUUCAAAUUUCCUGUAACCGUUGCAAAUUUCUUAGCCAGAAAAGCAUGUCAUAUCUUAUAAAUUUACAGCAAACAAGGCUUUGAUGUCAAUAUGUAUUGAAAUCCAAAAAAAUGGAAACCGAGAGCAUUGAAGCAGAAAGCAUGGAUGACGAGCAGGAAAAUGAAAUGCAGGGAGCAGUCAAUAACAAUUUGUCCAUAGACAACAUGGACAUAGAUUUGGAUGAACUGGACUUCAAUUUCGAAGAAGAAGGAGAAGGAGAAGGAGAAGGGGAAGUAGAAGUAGAAGGAGAAGAAGAAGAUGAAGAGGAUGAAGAGGAGUACACUCUGCGCUUUCAGGGGGAGAUGGACCCCCUCGCAUUUGCAGAGAACGAUCAGAGCGGAGCACAACCAUAUGAGCAGUUCCAGAGGCUCGAAUACGAGACCCUCGCCGCUCGCAAACGCAAACAACACCAGCUUAACCGGGAUGAUCAUACGAAAAAAGCUACGCAAAAAGACCUCUUUGGUGCCAGCAUGGAUGAAAUUUUGGAGGCAGCAAAUUUUGGGUUAGGAAGGAGAGAACAUAAAAGAAAGAGUAAAAAGAGUGGGCGCAGAAAGGGAGAAGGGCCCAAGUUAACUCCUGAAGUGACAAGAAAACUAGGUGAAGCAAAUCUUCUUUAUGCCACAGGUCGCUAUGAUGAGGCUGUAGACCUGCUGCAAGAUGUCAUACGUCUUAUUCCUAAUGUCCCAGAUCCCUAUCAUACACUAGCACUUGUCUACAUUUCACUUGGUGAUAAGACAAAAGCAAUCAAUUUUUACAUGAUAGCUGCUCAUCUUACACCCAAAGAUUCCUUGCUUUGGAAACGACUUGCUUCCUAUUCCAUGGAGCAAGGAAACACAGGCCAGCUGAUUUAUUGUCUUACUAAAGCAAUGAAAGCAGAUCCAGAUGACAUGGCUAUCAAAUGGGAUCGUGCUUCCUUGUAUGUCGAUCUUAAUGAUUACCACAGGGCAGCAGAAGCAUUUGAUCAAAUAGCAGCUUAUCGUCCAUCUGAUGUCGAAGCAUGGAAGAUGGCUGCAAAGAUGCACCAUAGAAGUGGUCAAAGUCAACGAGCAAGAGAGGUUUUAGAAAAGCUUAUUGAUGAACAUCCAUCAGAGGCUGAUCUGACUGUUGUUAACUUGUUGGCUGCACUACACAUGGAAAAUAAAACCUUUUCCAGAGCAAUUCAACAUAUUGAGCAUGCACGCAUGAUUUACUGUUCUGGACAGGGAUUACCACCAGAACUUGCUAUCAAAGCGGGUAUUUGCUAUGCACACCUUGGAAAUUUGGAACAAGCUGAGAAUUUUUUUGAGGAUCUCCAUGCAGAACAAUCAGAAGAGCUUGCAGAAUCAAUAAUUGAUGUUGCUGAUGCAUAUACAAGCCUUGGACAUCAUCACCGUGCUCUGGAAUAUUAUAGUAUGCUGGAAGGAACAACCCCAUUUGAGAAUGCUCAUUUAUGGUUGAAGGUUGCUCAAUGCCAUGCAGCUGUUGAGUCUUACUCAGAUGCUAUAAAAUUCUAUUACAAAGCUCUAGAUGGUAUGCCAGAUAAUGUUGAUGUACGAUUGACCUUAGCAUCUCUACUUAUUGAACAUGAUAGAACAGAUGAAGCGAUACAACUACUUUUACCUCCACAGCAUAUUGAGCAACCUACCAAUGAUGCAAGCAACAUUGAUGGGCGCCCAUGGUGGUCAAAUGGAAAAGUUAAGAAGAAGCUAGCACAAAUUUAUCAGGCUCAAGGAAAGGCGGAACUUUUUGUAGAGGCUAUUGCAUCAUCAAUCAAGGAGACGUUAUAUUUGGAGACUUUAAACCAGAAGGUCAGAAUGAAGAAUAAAUUGCCAAAGAGUGUUCUAUCGGAAAGGGUGAAGUGGCUUGAUGAUAGUCAUGUAGAUAAUGUAUUUCGAGGCUUUAGACCUAUUUUAUCAACAUCUGACAUGAACAAAGCUCUAAGAGCAAGAAGAAGACUUGCAAAAUUGGCUUCUAGAAAGGAAGAGAAGAAAGCUGCUGCCUUGGCUGCAGGCUUAGAAUGGCAGAGUGAUUCAGAUGAUGAAGAACUUCCAGAACCUGUGAUAAAGGAGCCUCCCUUACCAGAUCUGCUCAAGGAUGAGGAACAUUAUGAACUGAUUAUUGAGAUAUGCAAGGCAUUGGCAUCAUUAAAGAGAUAUUGGGAAGCAUUGGAAAUCAUAAAUCAUAGCUUGAAAUUGGGCCACAACCAUUUUUGUCAAGAAAAGCAAGAUGAACUUCGUUCAUUGGGUGCACAGGUUGCAUACAAUACAACGGACCCCAAAAAUGGAUAUGACUGUGCACGCUACAUUGUUCAACAACAUCCAUAUAGCCUUGGUGCAUGGAAUUGCUACUACAAAGUGGUUUCGCGAUUGGAGAGUCGUGUUGGGAAACAUGGCAAGUUUAUGCUUGCAAUGCGAGCAAAGUAUCCAGACUGUGUACCACCAAUGGUGAUAUGUGGGCAUCAAUUUGCUAUGAUUAGUCAAUCGCAAGGUGCUCUUCGAGAGUAUCUGGAAGCAUACAAGACACAGCCUGAUAAUCCAUUGAUCAAUCUGUGUGUUGGAACAUCCUUCAUCAAUUUGGCUCUUGGGUUUCGAGUUAACAACCGAAACCAAUGUGUCGUACAAGGUUUUGCCUUCUUAUACAACUACCAACGACUAUGUAAAAAUAAUCAGGAAUCUAAUUACAACCUUGCUCGUGCAUAUCAGCAUGUGGGGCUUGUACAUUUGGCUGUUUUAUAUUAUGAGAAGGUCCUUGCUCAUUAUGAGAAGGAUCAUCCAAUCCCAAAACUUCCACACGAGGAUACAUGCUUUGUAUCUGAGAUUGAACCUAAGCUUGAAAAUUAUGGACACUGUGACUUGGGAAAGGAGGCAGCUUAUAAUUUGCAUUUGAUAUAUAAAAAUAGCGGUGCAGUGGAUCUUGCAAGACAAGUAUUGAAAGACUAUUGCAAGACUUGAUCAUGCUAAUUUAUGAAGAACUUGCCUUCUUCAUUGUAUGAUAAUGUAAAAAGGUUUCUAUAUUAAUACAUGGCAGAAGUUUACCAGUUCAAA